AUGGCCGAAAUUGCAAUGGACGUCACGCAACAUAUGUCCCUGGGAUAUGCUACCGAGACCGAAGUCGAAAUAUGCCCAGAAGAUAUUCCCCUUCCCCGGAGCUCUAUGAUCACUGUACGCCUCUCCGAUGCUUCCGCCUUCUCCGUCCUCGAGGAAGAUGUCGAACUGGAUGUCUCGCCCGAAACUGCACCGCUUGGAAGCUCUCCUUCAUCUAUACGUUCGAGCCGUUCAUCGUCACAGUCCUCCGAUAAGUCCGCUUCAUUGAACUUGGUGAACUGGGAAGGUCUGGAGAAGACGGAGGAGCAAGAGCCUCGGGAUGAGGCGUCUGAUGAGUCAACCGCCCUCUUGCUCGCCCGUUUAGAGAAGGAAAAUGCUGCUUUGGCGACGGACCCGAAGGCAGGCAUUGCUCCACGUACCCGAGCGCGGAAGAACACCCGACCACCGUCGAUCCAGCAGCUGAAGAGGAUGGUUGAUGGCCCACAACGUCAGUCGUUGAGAUACUCACUGCUUCCUGCUCCGCCAAUGACAGAAUUGGAAUUCUGGGCCGCAUUGGUUCAGGAUUAUACACAAACGGCCCAACGACUUCCCACCCUCACCUCUAACAAGAUCCGCGGCGGUGUGCCACCUCCUCUGCGUGGCGUGGUCUGGCCCAGUAUAGCCAGGGCGCAGGAUCCUUAUCUCCAUUCUGAAUACCAAAGACUCUCCAAUGAGCCAAGUCCAUAUGAUGCUCUGAUUGGCAAGGAUGUAGGGAGAAGUUUCCCAAAUGUCGAUAUGUUUCGGGAGGAAGAUGGUGACGGCCAACGAAUGCUGGGGAAAGUGUUGAAGGCUUUCAGCCUGCACGAUGACAAGAUUGGAUAUUGUCAGGGUCUUGGUUUCGUCGUCGGGCCCCUUUUGAUGCAUAUGACCGAGCCAGAGGCUUUCAGUAUCCUCGUGAGACUCAUGGAGCAUUAUGACCUUCGAUCGUGCUAUCUGCCCGACCUAUCUGGACUCCAUCUUCGAAUCUACCAGUUCCAGCAACUCUUGACUCGCCAUCUACCUGACUUAGCGGCUCACUUUGACGACCUCAAAAUCGAACCAGUCUACGUAUCCCAGUGGUUUUUGUCCUUUUUCGCCGUUACCUGUCCGCUCCCAAUGUUGCUACGGAUUUACGACGUUAUUUUGUCCGAAGGCGCCACGGAGACCCUGAUGCGAGUUGCUCUUUCGUUGAUGCAACGGAAUCAGAAGAAACUGCUUGCAUGCUCAGAGUUCGAAGAUGCCAUGCAGUUUCUACUGUCACGGAGUCUGUGGGACACCUAUGCUCAGCAGGCGGAUGACCUUGUGGCAGAUUUCGUGUCUCUCACCAGCUUGGUCAGCCAGGAACAUCUUCAGUCCUUGGAGACCACCUUCCGUCAGUCCCAAGAUCUUUCUGCAGCCCCUUCUUUGAUGACUGCAGCGUCAAACUUUCUGGGCCGAUUUUGGGCUGCCUCCUCACACGCGCCGUCUCGCUCCGCAAACCUGAGCCUGCUCAUUCCUGGCAACAACAAAUCAAUUCGGAAAUCAUCUUCGGGACACAGUCUUACAUCUACGCUCAACUCUGUCGAGACCAGCAAUUCAGAUGCAAGUACGAUCGCCACUGAACUGUCCGAUGAGUGCUCUGUGAAAGUGGUAUCUUCCACCGUUGUAACAGCGGAAGCCAACGUUACUACGGCAGCAACCUCUAGUGAUCGGAAUUUACACCAUCAGAUUGAGGACCUACUCACCGAAUUAUCCAAGCUGCAACGUCAACACGUCGAGCUCGCUCGAGAACUCCAAAGAGAGCGUGAAGAACGCGAAGAAGAUCGCCAGAUUGCAAGGACAUUGCUAGACCACCUUCAACGACAAACUGCUGCUAUCCGAGAAAUCGCAGAAGGAGAAGCCAAUGACGAAGACAUCGCUUUGGACACGCUCAUGGAAGACGCCGACCGACAGUUAUGUCGACAAGAUUCGAAGCGGACGUCCAUUAUCCAAUCGAAGCAUCAGCUGCGCGACGCGGUAUCGGAGUGGAAAGAAAAGCAUGAAGCUGAGGCCCUGAAGUGUCGGGAACUCAUGAAGCAACUCGAUGAACGAGAAGCAGAACACAAUUCGCUCAAAGAGGAUUUGCGUGAAGCGCGGGCGCGCAUCCAGGAUGCGCAUAAGGACAAACAACGCCUGGAAAGGACAGUCUCGGAGCUUCGCUCACGAAACAACUCCGUGCCUGACUCACCUUCGGAUUUGUACACCCCUGUCGCAGAAGCCCCAGACUUGAAAUGGCCUCCUUCAAAAACCGGCCUUCGGGAGCUAAAAUUGGGCAAGCCAGAUUCUACCAGAACCUCCAGCCUUGGGCCGUUUUCGAAACGAUCGAGCAGCCUCAAUACCCAAGCUAUUCUCGCUACAGAGAAUCACGAGCCUGUGUCCAACGAUGCGCUCUUGCUCGAGUUGGUGAAUGCGAAGACGGCCGAGGCCAUGGCUCGACAAGAACUCGAAGAGACGAAAGGAAAGCUAGAAUCUCUUCGAAAGAUACUGAGUGGCUCGACGUCGUCUCCCUCCGCACGCGUGGCUUCGUCCGUCUCACCUACGUCGUCCAAUGCUUCGACAGUAAGCCCAAGCACAAAGGAGCCACCCAAGCCUGCUCAUGCAACAUCUGCAAGUACGGGCGGAUUCUUCAGUGGUUGGGGAAAGCGUAGUGCUUGA